CCCGCCGGGCCGGCGCCCGGGCGGCCGCGAUGGCCUGAGCGCCCGGGGCGCGCCAUGGGGAACCAGGACGCGAAGCUGCGGCGCGGCGCGGGGGACGAGGAUGGCGGCGCGGAGCCGGCGGCGGCGGCGGGGCCCCGGGGCGCGGACGCCGCCCGGAAGGGGGGCGGCGGCGGCGGCGGCGGCGGGAGCAAGAAGGCCUCGAACCGGCACCGGGGCGGCGGCGAGCCGGGCAGGAGGAAGGGCAAGGCGGACUCGCGGGGCUCCGUGUUCUCCAACCUCCGGAUCCGCAGGACCGCGGCCAAGGCCAAGGGCGCGGGCGGCCCCCGCGAGGACGAGGCGGGCGCGCAGGCCCCGCCGCCGGGCGCCGGGCUGGACAGCGCCCCGGGCCGCGCGGCGCGGACGCCGGAGCGCAGCCUCUCGGCCGAGGACACCGGGCUGUCGGACGCCGAGGGCGCGGACCCGUUCUUGGUGACCCGGGCCCGGGGCGCCGGAGCCGGGCGCCGGGAGGAUGGGGCCGCGGCGGCCGCGGAGGAUGGGGACGCGGCGGCGGCCGCCGGGGCGCAGGACGGACAAAGGACCAGCUCGGGCUCGGACACGGACCUCUACAGCUUCCACUCGGCCGCGGCGGAGCAGGAGGACCUGCUCUCCGACAUCCAGCAGGCCCUCCGCCUGCAGCAGCCGCAGCUCCAGCUCCCGGGCGCGCCGGGCUCCGAGGGCCUCCCUCCCGCCGCCGCCGCCUCCAUCUCCCCGGAGGAGCCCGGCGCCUUCCUGGGCCUGGACCGCUUCCUGCGGGGCCCGGGCGGGGGCGCUGGCGGGGGCCCCGGCGGCCCGGAGGCGCCCCUGGACCUGUCCCCGGCGCCCCUGGGGCCCCCGGGACCCCUCCAGCCUCCACCGGGGGCUCCGGCCUCGGCCUCUCCGGCGCCCCCCACCGCCUUCCCGGUCCCCGAGGCCGCGAGGGACACGGAUGAGGACGCCGAGGAAGAGGAGGAGGAGGAGGAGGUGGAGGAGGUGGAGGAGGAGGAGGAGGAUGCUUUCGAGGAUGCUUCCAGGGGCUCCCCGGGCGAGGAGGGGGGCCCGGCGGCGGCGGGAGAGGCCCCGCGGGGACCCGGCAGCGCGCAGCUCCGGGAGGAGGAGGCGGCGGAGGAGGAGGGGGUCCCAGGACCCGGCCCCCCAUCCCGCAGCUCCCCGCCCGGCAGCCCCGCGCCCCGCAAGCCCUUCCCGCCCGUCGCGCCGUCCCCCUACGUCCGCACCACCACGCGGCAGCUCAGCUCGCCCGGCCCCUCGCCGUCCGGGUCCCCCGCCCAGAGCCCCCGCAUUCAGAGGCGGCGGGAGGCCCCCCGGAGCCGCGGGGCCCGGGCCGCCCCGGCCAGGACGCACGGAGACUGGACGGAGGAGCCGGACGGCCCCGCGCACCCGCCGGAGCGCGCGGAGGCGGCGGAUGGAGAGGCGCCUCCCCCGCGGGCGGCCCCGGGGAACGGGGUGUCUGGGGCGCAGGCGGCCGCCGACGGCUUCCAGGACGUGUUCACGGGGCGGACGCUGCUGGAGAAGCUGUUCAGCCAGCAGGACAACGGGCCCCCCGAGGAGGCAGAGAAGUUCUGCUCCCGGAUCAUCGCCAUGGGCCUCCUCCUGCCCUUCAGCGACUGCUUCCGGGAGCCGUGCCAGCAGAGCGCCCCGUCCAGUUCAGCUCCGUUUGAUCAAGACCAGCUGUACACCUGGGCCGCCGUUAGCCAGCCCACACACUCCCUGGACUACACGGAAGGGCGGUUUCCCCGGAGAGCCCCGUCUGCGUGGUCGCCCCCCGCCGAUGCCCCCGCCCCCGAGGAGGAGCCCAGGCCCCGGGACGCCGAGCCAGAAUCUCAGCCUGCUGCUUUGGAAACUCUGAAGAAUUGCUCAGAUGCUGUUCAGGAAGUGACAGACCUUGGGUCUGAGGGACAGGCCACUGUGAUCCAGCAGCUGGAGCAGACCAUUGAGGACCUGAGGACCAAGAUCGCGGAGCUGGAGAAGCAGUGCCCGGCCGUGGAUGGGGAGGGGGCCGGCGGCCGCCUCGGGGUUCGGAACGGAGAGGCGCCCUCGGACGGCGCCUGCCCGGCAGUUCUCAGGCCAGAAGGAGAGCACGGCCUGCGCCAGAGGAUCGUACAGGCCAAGUCCAUCCAGACGUCCCCGGUUGAGGAGGGCGGGCCGCCCCCCCUGCCUCCUGCCACGGCACUGCCAGACGGCCCCUCCUGGCCGCCCUCACCUCCUGGACCUCAGACAAAGUUCUGCUCCGAGAUUUCUCUGAUGGUGUCUCCGAGGCAGAUAGUGCAGCUGGAGGGUCAGGGCCCGGCCAGGCCGCAGUCUUCCCAGCCUUCUCUGCAGCCUGCGUUGGACACCAGCCAGGAACAGUCUGUUUGGUCGCCCCCUGGACACGGCCCCGGCCCCACGUCUGGGGUGGGCACAGCGGCACCCUCCCCUCCACCACCCGGUGCACCUCCUUCUAUGCCCAGUACGCUGAUGCUGCCGCCCCCGCCCCCGCCCCCGCCUUUGCCUGGUGAACAAAUACCUCCUCCCCCUCCUCUCCCUGGGGUGGGAAUACCCCCUCCCCCUCCUCUCCCUGGGGUGGGAAUACCCCCUCCCCCUCCUCUCCCCGGGGUGGGAAUACCCCCUCCCCCGCCUCUCCCUGGGGUGGGAAUACCCCCUCCCCCGCCUCUCCCCAGGUUGGGAAUACCCCCUCCCCCUCCUCUCCCCGGGGUGGGAAUACCCCCUCCCCCGCCUCUCCCCGGGGUGGGAAUACCCCCUCCCCCGCCUCUCCCUGGGGUGGGAAUACCCCCUCCCCCUCCUCUCCCUGGGGUGGGAAUACCCCCUCCCCCUCCUCUCCCUGGAGUGGGAAUACCCCCUCCCCCGCCUCUCCCUGGGGUGGGAAUACCCCCUCCCCCUCCUCUCCCUGGGGUGGGGAUACCCCCUCCCCCUCCUCUCCCUGGGGUGGGGAUACCCCCUCCCCCGCCUCUGCCUGGGGUGGGAAUACCCCCUCCCCCGCCUCUGCCUGGGGUAGGAAUACCCCCUCCCCCGCCUCUGCCCGGACCUGGGGUUCCCCCACCUCCUCCUCUGCCAGGCGUGGGUAUCCCACCUGCUCCAGCUCCCCCUCCCAGCCCUGGAACUGGCAUCCCCGCAGCCCCACCACCGCCACCUGCUCUGCCCCCUGGCCCUGGCCCUCCGCCCCCCCCACAGGCCGGGGGAAGCACUUUGCCAAUGCCCCACGCGUGCGGGUUCCUCCCCCCGCCGCUGCCAGCCGGCUGGUUUGGGCUGGGGCUGGGCCAGGACAAAGGGAGCAGGAAGCAGCCCAUAGAGCCCUGCCGGCCCAUGAAGCCUCUGUACUGGACGAGGAUUCAGCUGCACACGAAAAGAGACUCCGGUGCCACACUCAUCUGGGAAAAAAUCGAAGAGCCGUCCAUCGACUGCCACGAGUUCGAGGAGCUGUUCUCCAAAACUGCCGUCAAGGAGCGGAAGAAGCCGAUUUCUGACACCAUCACGAAGACCAAGGCCAAGCAAGUUGUCAAGCUAUUAAGCAACAAAAGGUCGCAAGCGGUUGGGAUAUUAAUGUCUAGCCUUCACUUGGAUAUGAAAGACAUACAACAUGCUGUUGUGAACUUGGACAACUCUGUGGUUGACCUGGAGACCCUUCAAGCCCUUUAUGAGAAUAGAGCACAGUCAGAUGAGCUGGAAAAGAUUGAAAAGCAUGGCCGGUCCUCCAAAGACAAGGAAAGUGCCAAGUCCCUGGACAAGCCUGAACAGUUCCUGUAUGAACUAUCCCUCAUCCCCAACUUCUCCGAGCGAGUCUUCUGCAUCCUCUUCCAGUCCACGUUUUCGGAAAGCAUUGGCUCGAUCCGCCGCAAGCUGGAGUUGCUGCAGAAGUUGUGUGAGACGCUGAAAAACGGGCCCGGCGUCAUGCAGGUGCUGGGCCUGGUCCUGGCCUUUGGCAACUACAUGAACGGCGGCAACAAGACCCGGGGGCAGGCCGAUGGGUUUGGGCUUGACAUUCUCCCGAAGCUGAAGGACGUCAAGAGCAGCGACAAUAGCAGGAGCCUUCUGUCUUAUAUUGUGUCCUAUUAUCUUCGGAAUUUUGAUGAGGACGCCGGGAAGGAGCAGUGCGUUUUCCCGUUACCCGAACCUCAGGACCUGUUCCAGGCCUCGCAGAUGAAGUUUGAGGAUUUCCAGAAAGAUCUCAGGAAACUAAAGAAAGACCUGAAAGCCUGUGAGGUGGAGGCGGGGAAGGUGUACCAGGUGUCCUCCGAGGAGCACAUCCAGCCCUUCAAGGAGAACAUGGAGCAGUUCAUCGUCCAAGCUAAAAUUGACCAAGAGGCAGAAGAGAAUUCACUCACAGAGACUCAUAAAUGGUUCUUAGAGACCACGGCCUAUUUCUUCAUGAAACCGAAGCUUGGAGAGAAGGAGGUGUCCCCGAAUGUUUUCUUCAGCAUCUGGCAUGAGUUCAGCUCGGACUUUAAAGACUUUUGGAAGAAGGAGAACAAACUGAUUCUACAAGAGAGAGUAAAAGAAGCGGAAGAGGUGUGUAGGCAGAAGAAGGGAAAGUCGCUUUAUAAAAUAAAGCCGAGACACGACUCCGGGAUUAAAGCAAAGAUCAGCAUGAAAACCUGAACGAAGAAAAACAGGAUGAACAUGAGUCACCCUCCAGCCACUUACAGAACAUUCCGCCGACCUGGAGGCCAGAAGGGAACACGCCAUCUCCGUCAUUUUCUUCUUGACCCCUCGCAUCACCUCUGUGUUUCCUAGACCGCUGACCGGCGGCUGGCCUUCACUGGACGUCCCUAGGAGAGUGGAAAAGCAGGAGACCAGUGUACACUCUGACACCUUUUCUUUUUGUAAAAGUUGAUGGUGUGACCACCAACCGGCAGAGACGGCAUGUUCGAGGAGGCAGAAUCUGCAUUAAUUCUGAACGUGCUACACCCUUAACCUAAAUUUUACUUUUCUGAGAAUAUUCCUUCUACAGCGAGAGUCCUUCCUACGGAAAACCAGUGCUCCCCAUGACCGCGUGCGGGUGUAUGGUUGAAAUGUCAUUUCUAGUUUCCCACCUACGUCUGUGUUUUCUAUCCUAAGAUUUCAGUACCAUUGAUCUAUCAUCAGGAAGGCUCUCCCCACUCCUCGAGUUGCUCUCCAUGAAUAUAUAUUUGUGAAAAGAGAUGAUCCUAUUUUUGCUGGGAAGAAAAUGAAAAAAAAAAUAUAUAUAGCAGAAGGGAAACCCCUUUCUCAUCAAUCAUUUCAUGUAGGCAGAAAUCGGUGUUUUGGUUAUUUAGGGCUUUUGAUCAGAGUGUCAUUGGAAACCCAACAUGAAGCGAAUCUGUAGCAGAGAGAAGGAAAACUAAACGUGUGCCUCUCCAUCACUUUGCCACGGCCUUUUACAAAGAAAAUAUGACCCAAUAUUUUGGAGGAAUUUAAAUAAAAUUAUCAGACGUGGCUAAUGGUUGGAUCGGCACCGGCCUAGAACUUGUUAGUGAAACACACCUGCUGGAGUACUUGGACAUCCUUGGGACCCUCCCUGUAGGUGAUGGCGGGUGAUUCAAAGCUGUAAAGUGAAUAUGCUAUUCUUCAUGAUUUGAAGGAGCCCAGGAAAGGAUUGUAUUUUAUGUCGGAGGGAACAGAAUAAAUCGAGAACUCCUCGGGAAGUACCUCCAGUCUGCGUAUGAUGCGUUGUGAUGGUUUUGUCUCGCCGGAGCAGGUGUGGUUUGUGAAAAUGAUUUUAAUGGUGUCGGUUGGGGGUUAUGGUUGUAGAGAAAAGAGGAGAGUUUAUGGCUCUUGCAAGCCCAUUGUGGAAAGUGACUUCACAAACAGAGCGUUCUGACGCGCAACUAAGAUGGUAUUUAUGUAAAGUAUGGUCUCCUACCUGAGUUUGUUAAGUGUAGAGAAAGCAUAGUGGGGUGUUUUUUUUUUUUUUGGUUGUCAUUUUGUAGUCUUCCUGUCUCCUUCCCUCUUUCCAAUGUGUAUAUUAAUAUUCUUCCAGGAAAAUAUAGGGCAUUUAACAAAGAUCGCUAUGUGCAAUACUGUAUCUAGUGUUUCUAUUUCAAUUUUUUUAGGAUGUUAAUUUAUAUGAAAAUAAAAUGAGUAAU